CUGCUGGCCAAUUCGGAUAUAACGGGGCCGUUCCGCAGGACGAAUGGCGGCAAAAACUGGGCCUGACGGGGGCCAUGUGGGAUUCGGCGCAACAGGGUCUGCGUGCAGCAGGGGAUGUGUGGGAUGCGUGUGGGGUAAGCCAUCGGCCAUGGGCCAGAGCGACGUCGCAGUCGGUGUGGAACCGCCCAGCAUCUGUCCGGUAUGUGCUGUGCAAGUGUUGUCACCACACAUCUGUAAAGUGUCUUGUUUAGAGCUGUUAACCGUGUCGGACUACGGUCCGUGCCUGGUCGCGUGUCUGGCUACUAAAGAGGCGUCUUUGGUGCUUGUGGCCGCUGCUGCAGCCGACAGCGUGCAUAUCAGUGCCACUGCGACAGUGUCGACAUUGUCGUUUAUCAUGCCACGUGCGAGCUGCACGUGGCAGUGGCUUGUCCCCGCCCCUGCUGUCUCGACCGCCUCGCCCCAGCGCGCUGUGCUGCCCAGCGUCUCGCUAUUGUGCCUACCGCGGCUCCCUCCACCUCACUAUCCGGCGUCUUCGGCACAAGCAAGCUUAAGCUCUGAGAAAUUUGAGUGAUUACAUAAGCGCGCACUCCUGGCGCUGAUUGGGCGCUGUAGCGCUGUCUACGAAAGAGGAUUGGACAGACACCCAUGGUGACGAUUCUGUGACGUAUAUACUUUCUCUGCGGGAUUACUCAGCCAAUCCACACUGCCCGAGGUGAAUAAUCAAUUUAUGGUUCUUCUCCGAGGACAGCAUAGUUGAGUCAGCUGGGUGUGGGGCGACCACUUUAUUUGCUUCGGUUCGGGCAAAAAUAGUUCCGAGCCACAUUGUACAAAAAUGCGACCGGAGCCCAGACAGCCCACCAGUGCAUCUUCGAAUUGCAAACACAGUGCUUGUCUCGUUAACGCUUUCCCUCCCGAAUUGCAAGGUUAGGCGAUUUCCAGAAUCGCUCAAAGCCGCCCAGUACACUCAACAAAUAGUGCGUUGAGUGACACUCGCAGUUUUCGCGCCUUUGCCGUCCAUCUCUGCUGCGCUUUUUCUUCGCCCCGUCUGUCUGCUGCUGCUUAUCGGAAUCACCCAUCGCCUCCUCAGCUGCGGCACUCAUCCCCUCCCAUAAGUACGUGUCCGGUAUUUCCCCUGUCCCGUUUCGCUUGUGCCUCAGGUUUGCAGCCGAAGCGGUCUUUUUGAUCGACACUCACAACUGAUCGACAAACUUUGCCCGAGGACCCUUUCUCCCACCAAUCGGGUCAUCCCGUGAUAUUACGCAAACACCCCUUUCUUGCGAUUAAGCUUACAGUAAGCGAGCCACACACACCUUACUCCUGUUCUCCAGCAGCGGGUACUGCAUUCUUUCUCUUCUUUCUCUUUCCUGUCUCAAUCCGGAGCAAUUCCCUUAAGCUCUUCCACACGCUCUUUUCUCAGUCUUUUUUCCUUGUUUAUCAUACCAUCUUAGCGUCAUGUCCAGCAACGUUGCCGAUACCGUUCCCCCCACUAGCGCCUCUUCGUCGCGCUCACCGUCGCCAAACAGUGACGUAAACUGCUUCGUCGACACGAACAGCGAAGGUGAACGUGACGAAGCGUUCGAGAAUGACAGCAACACUAUCGUGAAUCAAACUGCAUCCAACGCUCUCGCUGGCAAAUCCGUCCACACCGACAGCGAAAUGAACAACGAAGCUGUGGAUGCUUCUAACGACGCAGUGAACUCGGAUCCGUUUGCGCUCGACGAAACGUUCGACCUCCAGCGCUGGCUGCAGGCGUACGCAGAGGUCGAGAAGGCUCAUGGAAUCCUGCCUCGUCGUUCAGGUGUCCGUAUCCGUGACCUGAACGUGUUCGGUGCAGGUUCUGGUUUCGAGUUCAACAACUCGUUUCUCGACAUGUUAAUGCUUCCUAUCAUCAAAUUCCGUGAGCGCCAGGUUCACCAGAAAAACAUUCUUUCAAACAUCAAUUGCAUGGCCAACGCUGGCGAGGUCGUCCUUAUUCUCGGCCGGCCUGGUGCCGGCUGUUCUACGUUUCUGCGUAGUGUUAAGGGCGACAUGAUCCAUUACAAGGACUAUUCCUACGACAUCUCGUUCGACGGGCUGGACCAGGAUACUAUGAAGAAGUAUUUUGCUUCAGACGUCGUGUACAGCGGUGAAAACGAUGUGCACUUCCCAACACUCACAACGAAACAGACCUUCGACUUUUCGGGUCUCAUGCGUACACCUCGCAACCGUCCGUGCAAUCUGACACGCGACCAGUAUGCUGCCAAGCUGCGCGACCUGCUCGCGCGCACCCUGGGUUUGUCGCACACCUACAAGACCAAGGUCGGAAAUGACUUUAUUCGCGGUGUUUCGGGCGGUGAGCGCAAACGUGUGUCCAUUGGCGAAAGCUUGAGCUCCCGCGCUUCUGUGGUUUGCUGGGAUAACAGUACUCGUGGUUUGGAUGCCAGUACGGCUCUUGAGUUUGUUGAGGCUCUGCGCGCCUUGAGUGCAGUGCUUAAGGUUACCUCGUUCGUCACUGUGUACCAAGCCAGUGAGAACAUGUACCGGCUCUUCGAUCGUGUUGGUGUGCUUUACAAUGGCCGCAUGAUCUACUAUGGUCCUCGCUCUGAGGCUCGUCAGUACUUCAUUGACAUGGGUUUCGAAUGUCAUGAGCGUGAGACAACUCCCGAUUUCUUGACUGCUGUCACUGAUCCCAAUGCCCGCAAACCCCGCAAGGGUUUCGAGGACCGUGUUCCCCGUAAUGCAGAGGAGUUUGAGCAGGCGUGGGUCAACAGCCCGCUUUAUCAGAGCCUGCUGAGCGAGAUGGCCGAGUACGACCAACGCUGGGACGAGUCUACGCCCUCCACAGCCGUCGCCUCGUCCUCUGACACCGACUCUCUCACGAAUGUUUCUGCGAAGGAAAAGCAUGAGCUGUACCGGGAGAGCUUUAUCGCUGAGAAGAUGAAGCGCGAGAAGAAGGACUCUCCGUACUUAAUUACGUUCCCCAUGCAACUGCGCUACUGUUUCCGUCGUUCGUGGCAACGUACAAUUAAUGAUCCUGCCUUCAUUGGUAGUAUGGCUUUUGCUUACCUCUUCCAAGGUCUUAUUAUCGGUUCCGUCUUCUGGCAAAUCCCCGAAAACACAACCGGUCUUUUCUCUCGUGGCAGUAUUCUUUUCUUUGCUGUCCUGUUCAGUGCUCUUCAAACCAUGUCUGAGAUUGCAAAUUUCUUUGCUCAAAGACCUAUCCUUUCAAAACAUAAAACUUCCGCCCUUUAUCAUCCCGCCGCUGAUGUUCUCAGUUCGUUGAUCGUCGACAUUCCAUUCCGCCUGAUCAACAUUACCAUUCUUUGUAUUCUUCUUUAUUUUAUGGGUCAUUUGAAAAUGAAUGCUGGUGCGUUCUUUAUCUUCUAUCUCUUCAUCUUUAUGGCAUCUUUGUGUAUGGCAGCUUUCUUCCGUGCACUUGCCAGUGUCAGUCCAAAUGUUGAAUUUGCUUCCGCCGUCGGUGGUAUGGGUGUUUUGGUGAUCAGUAUUUACACUGGUUUCACCAUUCCCUCUAUUUAUGUUGGUUGGUGGUUCCGCUGGCUCUCUUACUUGAAUCCCGCCCAAUUCGCUUUCGAGUCUGUGCUUUCGAACGAACUCCGUCAUCGCAAUGUGCCCUGCGCACAAAUGAUUCCUUAUGGAGGCCAGUACGAUUCGCUUCCCGACACAUACAAGGUUUGUCCUGUCACCACCGGUCUCCCGGGCACUAAUGUGAUCAAUGGUGAGGAGUUUCUUACGGCAAGUUACAACUACACUCCUAAUCAUAUCUGGAGAAAUUUUGGUAUUAUUAUUGGUUUUUGGUUCUUCUUCCUUUUCAUUAACUUGGUGGCUACUGAGUAUCUUAAUUACAGUAACGAAAGAGGCGAGUUCCUCGUAUUCCGUCGUGGACAUGCUCCAAAGGCUGUUACGGACGCCGUUAAAGGUUCCGAGAAGCCUUUGGAUCUUGAAACCGGUCUCCCUCCUGACCAAGCUGAUGUCGUCAAGGCUGAGAGACAGACGGAUACGAAUGAUGAGAAGUAUAACUCUAUCGCCAAAAGUGAAGACAUCUUCUGCUGGCGCCACUUGAACUACGAUAUUACGAUCAAGGGCGAGAAGAGACGUCUCCUUAAUGAUGUUCAAGGUUUUGUUGUCCCCGGUAAGCUGACUGCUCUUAUGGGUGAGUCUGGUGCCGGUAAGACAACACUUCUUAAUGUUCUUGCCCAACGUGUUGAUAUCGGUGUGGUAACGGGAGACCAAAAGGUGAAUGGAUAUCCUUUGCCCGCUACAUUCCAGCGUUCAACCGGUUAUGUUCAGCAGCAGGAUGUUCAUAUUGCAGAGUGCACUGUCCGCGAGGCAUUGCGUUUCAGUGCUGCUCUUCGUCAACCAAAGUCUGUGCCUAUGAAGGAGAAGUACGAGUAUGUCGAGUCCGUGAUUGAGAUGCUUGAAAUGCAAGAUUAUGCUGAUGCCAUUAUUGGUCUGCCUGGAUCUGGUCUCAACGUCGAACAGCGUAAGCGUGCCACUAUUGGUGUAGAACUCGCUGCCAAACCUGUCUUGUUGCUUUUCUUGGAUGAACCAACCUCUGGUCUCGACAGUCAAUCUGCUUGGUCUAUCGUUUGUUUCCUCCGUAAACUUGCUGAUGCCGGACAAGCCAUUUUGUGUACUAUUCAUCAACCCAGCUCCAUGCUCUUCUCCCAAUUUGAGCGUUUGCUUCUUUUGCAACGAGGCGGUAAGACAGUUUACUUCGGUGACAUUGGCGAGAACUCUGAGACCCUCAUCAACUAUUUCCAGUCCCAUGGCGGUCGAAAGUGUGAUCCCACGGAGAAUCCGGCAGAGUAUAUUCUUGAAGUUAUUGGAGCUGGUGCUACAGCAAAGGUUGACCGUGAUUGGAGUGAGGUAUGGAACAAUUCUGACGAGGUGCAGAAAGUCUCCGAGGAGGUGAAUCACUACCUUGAGCCGAUCCCCGGAAGAGACCCUGGCAAUGUUUCCAAGGAGGAGAGAAGUAAGUUUGCCAUGCCUCUUUGGACCCAAUUGCGGUUUGUUUUGAUUAGAACUUUCCAAAGUUACUGGCGUGCCCCAUCUCUUCUUCUUUCUAAACUUGUCUUGAACGUUUUCGCCGGUCUUUUCCAAGGUUUCACGUUCUACAAGCAAGGAUUGGGUGUUCAAAAUGUCCAAAACAAGCUUUUCGCAGUGUUUAUGGCUACAGUUAUUGCUACAGCUUUCAUUAAUGGUUUGCAACCUAAAUUCAUGGCCUUGCGUGACGUUUUUGAAGUCCGUGAAAAGCCGUCUAAUAUUUACAGCUGGAUAGCUUUUGUCAUUGCUGCUAUUAUCGUUGAGAUUCCGUUCAACCUUGUUUUUGGUUCCAUUUUCUUCCUUUGUUGGUUCUACACUGUCGGUUUCGAAAGACACCUUCCUCACUCAAGCGACCGUACCGGCUAUGCUUGGCUUAUGUAUAUGCUUUUCCAGUUGUAUUUCUCUACAUUUGGUCAGGCAAUCGCUAGUGCUUGUCCCAACCCACAGACUGCUUCCGUCAUCAACGGUAUGCUUUUCUCUUUCGUUAUCACAUUCAACGGUGUUCUGCAGCCACCUGCUCAAUUGGUGAAAUUCUGGCAUUGGAUGCAUCGUUUAACUCCUUUCACUUACAUUAUCGAGGGUAUUCUCGGUGAUCUUAUUCACGAUGUUCCUGUUGUGUGUUCGGAAAAGGAAAUCAAUCUUAUUAAUCCUCCACAAGGACAAACUUGUCAAGAAUAUCUGGGCCCUUUCUUGCAAAGUGCGUACGGCUAUAUCACAAACCCUAAUGCCACGAGUAGCUGUGAAUAUUGUCGUUACAGUUAUGCCGACCAAAUGAUCGCCGGUUUCGAUAUGAAGUUCGCCCAUCGCUGGCGUAACUUUGGCAUUACCUUUGGCUACGUCGCUUUCAACGCUUUGGCUAUGAUCUUACUUUUCUACUUGUUCCGUGUACUUAAGUUCAAAAGCACCUGGCUCGGUAAGAAGCUUAAAGGUGUAGCUUAAAAUCGUCGGUGAUAUUUUUUUUUUUUUGUUGUUUCGUUCUGUUAUGUACGUAUGUCUAUUUACUUAAAUCAAAUAUAAUUUUUUCUACACAUAUGAGCAAGUGUUGG